AUGGGUAAAGAUUUUUAUGGCGUGUUAGGGAUAACACGUGUAGCAACUGAGGAUGAAAUAAAACGUGCCUAUAAACAAAAAGCAUUAAAAUGUCAUCCAGAUAAAAGUUGUGAACCAGAUGCUGAAAAAAAAUUCAUGGAUAUCUCCGAAGCAUAUGAAAUUUUAAGUGAUCCGUAUAAACGUUCAAUAUAUGAUCGUUAUGGAAAUGAGGGUUUAAAAGAUUAUACAUCAUGGAACUAUACAUUUGAUCCACGUGCAACUUAUCGAAAUUCAUUUACAAAUGGUAGUACAGGAUCAGCAUCACCCUUCAGCAACGGAGAUGAUUAUUAUGAUGGAAAUUAUUUUGUUAAAUACAAAGAUCCAACAACGUUCUACGAUUUAUAUGUUACACUUGAAGAAGUGAAUAAAGGAGGAGUGAGAAAAAUGAAAGUAACUCGCAAAAGAUAUAAUCAUGAGUCAAAAACAACUGUAAAAGAUGAAAAAGUUCUUGAAAUACAAAUUAAACCGGGUUGGAAAGAAGGUACUAAGAUCACGUUCGAAGGUGAAGGUGAUGAAGGAGAUGCUCGUACAUUAGCUGGUGAUAUUGUAUUUAUAAUUCGUGAUAAAGUUCAUCCAACAUUUGAACGUUCAAAUUCCGAUUUAAUUUAUCGUGCUAAAGUGACAAUAAAACAAGCCCUAUUAGGAACAAUAGUACAAAUACCAUUUUUGGACGAAAAAAAAAAGCCGCAUCCACUAAAAAUACAAGAAAUCAUCACUCCACAAACAGAAAAACAUUUUGUAAAUGAAGGACUACCAUAUCCUAAAGACUCAGCAAAGCGUGGAUUAUUAAUUGUCAAAUUUGACAUUGUCUUUCCCAAAAUAUUGAGUGAUGAACAGAAAACUCUUGUUGACUGCUGUUUUUCAAACUCAGUUGAUUUUUACCAAACUAAUGUCAUCAAUAUAGCAAUAAUCGAUGAACAGCAACAGCAGCAGCAGAAGCAGCAACACCAACAUCAUCAGAUGAAUAAUCAUCAUCAAUCUAAUCAUCAAACUACUCAUCAUACACCAGAAAAAAGUCAGAAAUCUCAAAAUAAUCAUCGUAAUCAUACGAAUAGUGCAGCACCAUCAGCAGUGGUGCAACCUUCUACAACGACUACAAAUCAUGUGAAUGAAACAACGCAGCAACAACAACAACAACCAAAAACGUCUCCUAACCGUCCAAAUCCAAAUAAACCGUCACCAAAUCAGUCAACAAUGUCUUCCAGUCAAAAUGUUGAACCAGCAUCUACCACUAUUCCUUCACAAUCAAGUCGUUCAACAAAUGGAACAACUAUACAUUCAAACGGAAUAAAAAAAUCCUCCAUCAUCAAUGAAAUGUCCUUCUAG